AUGCCUUCGGAGAAAACGUUCAAACAAAGACGGACCUUUGAGCAGCGAGUAGAAGAUGUCCGGCUGAUCCGGGAGCAGCACCCCAACAAGAUCCCAGUGAUCAUUGAGAGAUACAAAGGGGAGAAACAACUCCCCAUCCUGGACAAGACCAAGUUCCUGGUGCCGGAUCAUGUGAACAUGAGCGAACUCAUUAAGAUAAUCCGGAGGCGCCUCCAGCUAAACUCAAACCAGGCCUUCUUCCUACUGGUUAACGGUCAUAGCAUGGUGUCCGUGUCCGCUGCCAUUUCUGAGUUGUACGAGCAGGAGAAGGACCAGGAUGGCUUCCUCUACAUGGUCUACGCGUCCCAGGAGACGUUUGGCUCCACUGCAGCCACCCACUGA